UCUCUCUUGCUAGUGUAUCAUCCCUCUCUCUUUACCUAUUCAACCUCACACCAACCCUCUUUUUGUACACACCAUGUUCCUCUCUCUCUCUACACACUCUCUCUCUCUCUCUCUCUCUCUCUCCUCUCUAUAUCAGUCACCAGAAGUAUCUCAAAUGAAAAACUAGUAGACCUACUUCUCUCACUUCAUAUACCAGGAGAGUUGGAGGAAGAAGAAGCAGAAGCCCCUGAUCAAAGCCAUGUCUUCAGACGACGAUGAUAAAGGAGGUUCUAAGCAACCCAAAAUGGACAGCAAGUUCAUGCUCGCAGCUGUGGUCUCUCUCUUUGUGGUGGUGAUCUUCGUGCUCCUCCUCAACAUCUAUGUCCGUUGCUUCAUGAAAAGGCCUUCUUCUCGCUCUAGACAGCGCCCUGCCCAUGGCCACCGAGCUUCCGUUAACAUAGUUAUCGAGCGAUUAUCGUCUCCGACAAAUCAAGCCACCAAUGGCACCGCCACCACAAACAAACCCGUCGGCCUCGAUGCAGCAGUCAUGGGGAAACUACCCAUCUUCAAGACCGGGCCGCAAGGUGGCGGCGAGUGCACGGUGUGCUUGAGCGCAUUAGAAGAAGGUGAGACUGGAAGAUUGUUGCCGAAUUGCCAGCAUGUUUUCCAUGUUGAGUGCAUAGACAUGUGGUUGCAGUCGCACGAUACGUGCCCGAUUUGCAGAGCGGGUGUGGUGCCUAAGAUGCAGGACGCAGUGUGCGAUGAAAUGCAUCCAUCCGCACCACCGCUUGAUGCCGAUGACGGGGCGCGUGGGACGGCGAAGGCUGGGGCCUCCAAUUCAAGGGGGAUGGGAUCGUUUAGGAGGAUGCUUAGUUGGGACAGGUCGGAGAGGAGGUCCAGCAAUGGCGGUGUGGUGCCCAUAGAAGAUGUAGAAAGGUGAGAGAGAGAGAGAGAGAGAGAGUAUGGAGUAUGAAGUUGGGAAGAUGGGAGUUGGGUGCAUAGUGGUAGGGAAAAUUGGAGCAUGGGAACUCAUGGGUGUGUAUGGUCUUCCAUUGUGACUAUGUGUUUAAAGCACAAUAGAAACAUGUUUUAUUAUCAGGCU